UGUGUGGGAGGAGUUUGAAGUUGCGCCCUCCAGGCACAAUGCUGAAUAGCUGUGCAGAUUAUGCAUCUACCCAGCAAUGGCAAAGCAAAGCAACACAUUCCACUUUUAACAAUGUAGUGAACCUGAUGGCCCAGUGCAGUGUCCACAUGCUCCUGUUCAUACUCUUGAAAACCCUACAGACGUCUGCUGAAGAUGAGGAGCUGGCGAGCCUGUGGCUCCAGUGUGUAUGUGAGGGCAGCUCGUGUGGCAGGCAGGCUCGGUGUUGGGGGCAGCAGUGCUUCUCCUCCCUCAUCCUCACUGCCGAGGCCCAGGUCUUCCAGAGGGGCUGCCUGGUGCUGCAGGACCAUGGCCAGUUCACCUGCUGGACCCUCCCCUCUGCCAGCCAGGUGGUGGAGUGCUGCACAGGGGAGCUGUGCAACUGGAACACCAGCUCGCACUCCCUGCUGCUACUGCUGCCUCGAGGACCCACGCUGCAGCAGAACAGUGGAUUACAAACAGGCUUCAUGGCCUCGGACAUGACGUCACGCCACUCCAGCACACAGCUGUGGCUGAUCACGCAGUACCAUGAGAACGGCUCGCUGUACGACUACCUGCAGCGUGUGGCCGUGGAGAUGCAGGCCGGACUGGCACUUACGCUCUCCAUGAUGAGCGGCCUGCUGCACCUGCACACAGAGAUCUGCGGCACCCAGGGCAAGCCAGCCAUCGCACACAGAGACCUCAAGAGCAAGAACAUCCUGGUCAAGAAGGACCUCCAGUGCUGCAUCGCAGACCUGGGCCUGGCGGUGAUGCACUCGCAGAGUGACAAUCAGCUGGAUGUUGGUAAUAACACCAAGGUCGGGACGAAGCGCUACAUGUGUCCGGAGGUGCUGGAUGAGUCCAUCCAGAGCCAGUGCUUCGACGCCUACAAGAGAGUGGACAUCUGGGCCUUCGGACUGGUGCUGUGGGAGAUCGCACGCAGGACCUACAGCAACGGUAUUGUGGAGGAGUACAGACCGCCCUUCUAUGACCUCAUCCCAAAUGACCCCAGCUUUGAAGACAUGCGCAAGGUCGUGUGCGUGGAGCAGCACAGCCCAUUCAUCCCCAACAGAUGGUCCUCUGAUCCAGCUCUGUCAGUGCUGGCGAAGCUGAUGAAGGAGUGCUGGUACCAGAACCCCUCGGCCAGGCUCACAGCCCUGCCCAUCAGAAAGACUCUCACUAAGAUCCAGAGCUCGCUGGACAAAGGCAAGGGCGAGUGCUGAACACACGCCCUGCCAGCCCUUUCUCAUUACACCUGCACAGGGACCGCUGCAGACACACACCCUGCCAGCCCUUUCUCAUUACACCUGCACAGGGACCGCUGCAGACACACGCCCUGCCAGCCCUUUCUCAUUACACCUGCACAGGGACCGCUGCAGACACACGCCCUGCCAGCCCUUUCUCAUUACACCUGCACAGGGACUGCUGCAGACACACGCCCUGCCAAAGUGCUUUCAUUAACAGAAGGAAACUUAUUGUAUUGUAUUGUUCUGAUGAUUUUGCUAUUCAAAUUGUUGGUUGGUCAUCUACUAGAGAGCCCUCUGUCCCCCUUUGCCAGUGAUGGAGUUAGUGAUACCUGUACAGAGUAACAUUGUGAGACUGCAUGUCAUGCUCUGGAGGUGCAGGGGGUGAUGGUGGGAUUGGACCUCAAAGACUACACUCUCCCUGUUCUUCAAAAGACGUCUGGAAUACCAUCUGCUGUGUCCAAAUUAAACAGCAUAGAACCACACGCAUGCUGCUAGGUGCUGAUCGAUGUGUCCUCGAUAUCCCCAGAGACAGCCUUUAAAAUAAUGUAAAUAUAUAUAUAUAUAUAUAUAUAUAUAUAUAUAUAUAUAUAUAUAUAUAUAUAUAUAUUUUAGCUCAAAGAGCCAGCUGCCCAACGUUUCGAUAUGUUGUACAUAUCUUUCUCAAGGGAGCCUGUGUUUGAAUCCAAACAUUGGAGGUAUUUAUAGGUUUUUGACGGCAUGACAACUACUUGUUAUUGUUUACAUUCAAAUUCAUGAUUUAUUCUUACAUGAUGUAAUGGUGUUCUAUAUAUAUAUAUAUAUAUAUAUAUACAUACAUACACAUCCAUACAUACAUAACCCUAACUCAAACUGAACAGCAUAUAUAUGGGCUUGGUCAUGCCAGUGGGAUAAAAAGUGGGACAAAUCAAGUGUCUUCAGAAAGACUAAAUUAUCUGAAAUCCUUACUGUUUAAUGUUCUAAUGCAGUAGAUAGGUGAUGACUGUUUAACGCUUGGCUGUUAUAUACCAGUCAUUAGACAGAGAUGUGAACUGUAGAGCAAACUGUAUUUGUACAGAACCACACACCCUGUCAUGUGUCACUGAAGCCACUGUGGUAUGAAAGCAUUCUGUGGUGUAAAAAUGACAGCAAGAUAUUCAAGUCUGAAUAAAAAAAUGCAUUUAUGUGUGUUUGCAAAUAACACAAAGUAUUUUUAUUUUAAUUAAUAUUUAAUGGUAUGCUUUACAUUAUUAUACAAAUGUAGUUUAACAUGUUAUUUUAAUGAUAAUGUAAACACUGGGCUCUUUUCUUCGGCAUUAACAAGUUUAUAUGCCAUGCCCAGAUAAAGUGCCCCAAUCUGCCUCAAAUUUCCAAAGUGCAUUUAACACUUCUAUAAAGCACACACACAUGCAUCUUGAAAUGUCUGUAAGCAUUUGAAUUCUAGACCCCUAAGUAUGCCAUUAGCAUGAUCAAGCCUGAAUAAAUGUUUUCUUAUACAGCGGUGAAACACUAUUGUGCUUCAGCAAAUCCUUUCAAUGCAUUUGCAGAAACCAAAUGCAAUCUUGCUUUCUUCUUUGAUGAAGUGGAAUAAACACAUUUUUUUAAA